UUCACUACAGUGCUGAACUGCACUAGGAGACUGAAAAAAAUGAACCACAACAUUAGCUGAGUAAACCUUCACUUCUCAAAAAAGAAAAACUUGACAAAUCUGACAGGCUAGUGCAAAAGGAGCAUAGAAAUCCCUACCAAAAAUAUGUGGGAGGGAACAUAUAUUUAAAACAGGACCGCCUAAUUCGGCUGCUAAAUCAGUGUAAGGAGCUCUGUAGUCUGUGUGUGCGGGAGGGAGAGGGAAAGACAGAGAGAGAGAGACAGAGAGGGAGAGAGGAGCAGAGGGAGGGAGCUGGGGAGAGAGAGAGCAAUGUGCCUUUCACAGAGCUCGGAGCUUGAUGGGAAUGUUUGAUUAGCUCCUCUCUGAAAGAAAAAAGGUGUCCAGGCCUCCCUCUGCUGCCUGCCUCUCCUUCUCCAGAAUAAUGUUGGCUGGAGUUUGGGGUACAGAAAAGCUUGGAAAAAAACCCACUUUCAUACUGUGUGGAGAAAAGGAAUAAAAAGUUGCACACUUCAAGGAAGUGCUCCUUAGCAACACAUCCAGAUUUUGCUUUACUCACCAUGAAGGCCACAGUUGUUGCAACCUUCUUUGGUGUGUUUCUUACAUGUACAUACACAGCCAAGGAAGCCACAAAGAAGGCAAAAAAGGCUAAGCUAUAUGUACCCCAGAUUGAUUGUGAUGUCAAGGCGGGGAAGAUAAUCAAUCCAGAAUUCAUUGCAAAAUGCCCUCCUGGAUGUCAAGAUGUAAAAUACCGUGUUUAUGGCACAGACAUUUAUGCUUCUUUCUCCAGCGUCUGCAAUGCUGCAAUUCACAGCGGUAUAAUUGACAACACAGGUGGGAAGGUUCUCGUCCAGAAGGUCGCCGGGCAUUCCGGUUACCGUGGGAGCUUCUCCAAUGGUGUCCGGUCCCUGUCACUGCCACGCUGGCGGGAGUCCUUCCUCGUGUCAGAGGGCAAACCAAGAAAAGGUGUGACUUAUCCAUCAACUCUUGAAUAUUCUUCUUCAAAAAGCACGGCUGUUAAAUCAGAGCCUAAAAAAACAGAGCAAGACCCAAAAGAUAUGAAGAGUGCAGACACUGCUAACACAUCAGGAAAAGCAUCAGAUGAAGGGGAUGCAGUCCACAAGGAGUAUCAGACAACUCCGGUGCUGACCCCCACCACACAAAUGGCCACCACAACCCCCACACCGACGACCACAACCACAGAUCCUUCCACCACAGUGCCACAGCCAACCACAACAGCUGCAGCAACCAGAACCACAGCAGCUCCAGCCAAGGCUAGACCUGGACUGCACAGGGUCAGAGAUAUGGGUUCUAGCAGUGUCCACCCAGCAUAUGCGUCUGUGGUAGCUGCAGCAGCAAGACAGGUUCAGGCCGCACAAGGAAGAGGACAGAAUACAGCGUUCUGGGGCACUUCCACCUCUGCAAUUAACAGGAAUAUUUUACGACACAAUACAGGUGCUCAACGCCAAGAGCCCAUUGCCACCUUCCAGAGGGCUGCCAGCUCUCCAGUCCACCUGGCAAUGGAAAUAGACUCAUGGAAACCUGGACUGAGCAUUUUUGACACAGGCUUCAGUUCAAAGGAAGAAUUGAAUCCAAAGCCGUUGGAAUCCAUCUCCCAGGGGAACCAGAAUUGCAAGGUUGAUUUGUCCUUCUUAAUGGAUGGGAGCUGGAGCAUUGGCAAACGCCGCUUUCAGCUCCAGAAGCGGUUCCUUGGUAACGUGGCUCAAGCCCUUGGCAUCAGCAGCGCUGGUCCUCUGAUGGGCAUUGUUCAGUAUGGUGAUGACCCUUCCACGGAAUUUAACUUAAAAACUUAUGUCAACUCCAAAGAUCUAAGGAAUGCCAUUGAGAAAAUUCAACAGAAAGGGGGACUUUCCAAUGUCGGGAAGGCACUUUCAUUUGUUAACAAAAACUUCUUUCUGGAUGCAAAUGGGAACCGAGGUGGAGCACCCAAUGUGGUUGUAGUGCUGGUGGAUGGGUGGCCGACCGACCGAGUGGAAGAGGCCUCCAGGCUGGCCAGAGAAUCUGGGAUCAACAUUUUCUUUGUCACUGUUGCAGCAGCUGCUCAAAGUGAAAAGCAGAAUGUUAUUGAACCAAAUUUUGUGGACAAGGCAGUGUGCAGGACAAGUGGUUUCUAUUCCAUCAACGUGCCCAGCUGGUUCAGCCUCCACAAGGUGGUGCAACCCCUGGUGAAGCGGGUAUGCGACACCGACCGGCUGGCUUGCAGCAAGACAUGCCUCAACGCCGCCGACAUCGGCUUCGUGAUCGAUGGCUCCAGCAGCGUUGGCACCGGCAACUUCCGCACGGUUCUCCAGUUUGUGGCCAACAUCAGCAAGGAGUUUGAGAUUUCAGACACCGACACACGCAUCGGAGCUGUGCAGUACACCUAUGAGCAGAGGCUGGAGUUCAGCUUUGACAAGUACAGCACGAAGCAGGACGUGCUGAACGCUAUCAAAAGGAUCAGUUACUGGAGUGGGGGCACCAGCACGGGAGCAGCCAUCAGCUACGCCUCAGAGCAGCUGUUCAGCAAGUCCAAACCCAACAAAAGGAAGAUCAUGAUUCUCAUCACAGAUGGCAGGUCUUACGAUGAUGUCAGUGUGCCAGCCAUGGCAGCUCACCAAAAUGGAGUCAUCGCUUAUUCCGUUGGAGUUGCUUGGGCAGCCCCAGAUGAACUGGAAGCCAUUGCAUCAGACCCUGCUAAGGAGCAUUCCUUCUUUGUGGAUGAAUUUGACAAUCUCUACCGCUAUGUUAAUCAGCUCAUCCAAAACAUUUGCACAGAGUUUAAUUCCCAGCCACGGAACUGAUGGACUCAAGCAAGGCAGGACCCUUGGGUGCUGUGCUAAAGGCAUGACAAAUGCCACAGAAAUAAUACCAGUCCAAGAAACACUGCAGGUGUUUCCCUCGGGGACUUUCCAGUCAGCAGGGUUGAUUUGUGGCUCUGUCCCUAUGCAUGAUAGUGCUCUGUGUAGACUGGGAUUUUUUUGUUUGUUUGUUUGUGGGUUUUUUGUUGUGUGUGUGUUUUGUUUUUGUUGUUUUUUUUUUCUUGUGGGCAUCACAAACUCUGAUUUACAUGGAUAGCAGAAGAGGCAGUGAACAUGGAGGAAAUAACUGCAGCUGUUUGAAGAGCUGCUUCCAGCACAGAGCCCCAACUUGCCCAAUUCUCACCUUUGGACACAUGCAAGUUCCUUAAAACCUGCUCCCUGAAGUGACCAGGUUCCUUCAGGGAGUGGCCAAGCUGCUGUGGUAGAAACACCUCGUGUGGCACUGCCCACCAGAUGACACCCACAGAUCAGGGCUCAAAUACCAGAUGGAGGGGGAAAACAAUUUGAGUACUUUCUUAAAAGCAGGUACUCUCUCCAUACUGCUGUCUUGUCAAUAAGUUAAGCUUCAGCUAGUGUCAACUCAAGCACUGGAUUUAUCCAAACCCUGAGAAACUGGAAAGCAAGAGAAAGGAAAGGUUCAAACCCCAGGACCCUAUGACUCUUUGACUCCUUUACAACUCUACAACCCCAAUAAAGCCUCAAAUCCACAAAGCAGCCAACACGCAGGAACUGGAAUAUAGUCUCCCACAACUCUGCAUUAAUUACUUGAUCUUGAGAAGUGUCUUUCCCUCUCAAGCUUCACCUUUCACUCUUGGGUGGUUCAAGGCCUGCAGGACCAAAGUAGUGUUGCCAGGACACAGGAGACUUUUUGAGAAAAACUGUGGGUUUAAGCUGCUCACAAUCACUAAAGCAUUUAAGACCAAUCACUCUGUCAUUAAACCAACACUCAGAAGUGCAGUCUCUAGGUCAGGAGAGCUAUUCAAGAGCCAUUAACAGGAUUUAAGAGGAAAUUAUCUGAAGUUCUGUAUUAUACACUGGGAAAAGCAGAAUUUCAAGCAUUUACAGAUACUCUCCCUCAAAUUUAGGACUGGCUAUUCUUUUAUGGACUGAUUUCAAAAUAUACCUAUUACAGCCCUGUAUCUGUCAGAACACACAGUGGUUUCUUAAGUGGAGAACUACCCAUUUAGGAACCAGCAGUUGCUCGUUAGGUUCCAUCCAGUAUCAUUAAAGAAAAUACAUUCAUUAAGCAAAGUUACCAAAGCAGCCAAUAAAAACAUGAGUGUUCACACUCCUUACAGCAAUCAAAGCCAUGCUGUGCCAGGCUUGUGGAACUAACAGGAAAUGGAAAGAAAUUAAAACUCAGAUUUGCCCUAUUACUUGCAAAUCAGGCUCUUAACAGCAUUUAUAGCUUUAAUAACCAUGAGUCAAGAUAUUAGCCACAUAAAUUCUAAUUGAAUUGCCAUAAGGGAAACUCAUUGUAUGAGCAAAAGUAGCACAAUUUUAAAAAUCAUUAUGUUUGGAAAUAUGACUGAAGUAGCUUAUAACCUGUCAGUAAGUAAGCAUAACGCAAUAAUGAAAACAGCAGAUUCUGUGUGAUCCCCCUGGUGGGGUAACAUAUCAGGCUGGGGUCCUCUCAAGAGGUUAUUAAAACCAAUUUUGGAUGAAACAGUGGUCUUACACAGUGAAAGUUCAUCACUUCCCCUUAGAAGAAACAUUAAGUUCCAGCUUUAAUUGAGUAUCAUCAAUUCAACCAUUCUACACAGACUGAAAGGACAGGACACUGUCAGCUUCCACAAAUGUAUUUGUAUGCAGAGUUUUUACCACUAAUCUCUGCUGCUGCACUUCACAGCAUUAGCUUUUGGCUUGAAAAAAUUAUUAAGGAUAGAGAGUUAGGCAUGAGGCAUGAGCAGAGCAACUCCAGAUAUCCCACAUCUCCUGAUCCAGCUCCUCACUACCCUUCUGCUGAACAAUCUUUCUCUGUCAACAUAAACAUUACAUUUUGGACAACACUCAAACCCAUAAACUGAAUUUACCGGGGACUUCAGUUCAGACACCAGAUUUAUUGCCUGAAAACCUGUUUGUCUGAGACUUGAUUUGGGGCUGUCAAGAAAAAGGCCUAAAUCCUAACUUACAGCUACUCUUAAUACUGUGGUUUAAUUUUUAAUGCAGCAGCCACCACCACAUAUUGUUCUCCAUACUGAAUGUACUCUUGCAGCACCAAAGAUUGGUACCCUGCAGAGACUCCUCAAUGCUUCACUUGUGCUCUGCCAAAAGCACAGCAGUGGUGGCCAAGACUUUAGGAACAGCUAGAGCACACAUGUUCUUUAGGAUGUAUGUAAGGGAUAUAAACAUAUGGGACAUAUUUUUUUCCUCAAGUUUAAAAUUUAAGCAAUUACAUUAAGCUUUUAAAUGCUUUUUCACAGGAAAGUUGCAGUUAUCUUUUGCCAAGCAUUUAUAAAGGGCACUUCAGGGCUUGUUGUUGUUCAAAUGGUUUGUCUUAAGUUAACAGAACAACUAUGGUGCUUGUUUUACAAUGUGCAUUUUUAUUUACUUCUUGAGACAAUCCUGAAAUUGUCAAAACUCUGUGAAAGUGGUUUAAUUAAACUCUCGUCAAAACUUAGAUGUCCUGUUCAUAAGCACCAUAAACUUAAGCAGAAGCCUCAAAAUUCUGAAGAAUACACCCUUCCAUGCAAUCACAGAACACGAGUCCUCUUCAUCUUUACCUUUCAUAGCAAUCAAAGCACUUGCUGCCUACUAAAGUCUCUAAAUACUGUUUUAUAAUUAAAACAAGCUAACUUACAAAUAUAUAUAAAUGUUCAAAGGGGUAUAUUGAAGAAUGCAGAACUCCUGUAACAUAUACAAGCUAUUUUGAGCUUAUCAACAUAAGUUGCUAUAUCUUUUGCAAUAAAAUUGUCUCAAAAGCA